AUGGCGUGGGUUCGCUGGAGCUCAGACGGAGGCGACGAGGCUGUCGAAUCCGGCGGCAACAGGCGGAGCGGUUCCACCUGGUUGGUGAGUUCUCCUCUCUGCUCCUCUCCUCCAUCGUUUCCUUCUCCAUCUUCGUCCUUGAUGAUUCAGAUCGAUCUUUCUCUUCGUCCCCCUGCCAAUCGGUUCCUUCCUCUCAGAGGGCGCACGGCUCGACGCUGCUGCUGGCCUACCAGAGCUUCGGGGUCGUCUAUGGCGACCUGAGUAUCUCCCCCAUCUACGUCUUCAAGAGUACCUUCUCGGGCAGAUUGCGUCUCCACGUGGAGGAGGAGGAGGAGAUAUUCGGUGUCCUCUCCUUGGUCUUCUGGACCAUCACCAUCAUCCCCCUCUUCAAGUACAUCGUGUUCGUCAUCGGAGCUGAUGAUAACGGUGAAGGUGCUUCUCCAUCUUCAUCUCUCUCUCUCUCUCUCUCUCUCUCUCUCUACUGGUUUUGAGACUCGGGGGGUUUCCUCAGGGGGGACUUUCGCUCUCUACUCGCUGAUGUGCCGGAGAUCGAAGAUGGGUCUUCUGAGCACUCCCCAGGUCGCCCACGAGCACCUGUCUGCCCUAAAACCAGACCCGCCCACCGGAGAAACAAGGACGAGCUCUCUGAUCAAAGAGUUCUUCGAGAGGCACCGAAGCUCUCGCGUUCUACUUCUGCUCACGGUGCUCAUGGCCACCGGCAUGAUGAUCGGCGACGGCGUCCUCACUCCGACCAUGUCCGGUGAGUCUCUCUCUCUCUCUUCUUCACCCAAUCCACCGUGAUUUGCUUCGAGAACAGAUGAUUGCACCAGGGUUUCAUUGGAUUCGAUCACGGAAAAGAAGAUUACUAUAAUUUCGCGUGAUUCAGAAGGGCGGCUGCAUGCCGAGCUUGAACUCUGACUAGCCCGUUUUUUUCUUCCUCUUUCUUCAUCGUCUGCAGUGCUGUCGGCAGUCUCUGGAGUCGAAGUCAAGAUCUCGGGGCUGCAUGAAUGUGAGUACAAAUAGAGGGAAUGAUUCUUUGACUUUAAAUUCAUUAAAAUUUGACAGACCCAUUCAUCGUUAAAAAAGUUUACUUUAUUUGGGAAUACGGGACCCACGUUAACUUGUUAAUCAACCCAGGUUCACUUCAUUGGAAUUCCUCUGGAAAUUAUUCAACUUCAGCCUUUCUUGUCAUGGGAUUCGUCUCAACGUCUCACACUGCAGAUUCUUCUGAGUUCAUUGCGUGUGUAGAAAUAGUACAAAUAAAAUAAUAUACAAUUAUUAUAAUAUGAACUUCGUAUAUAGCCUCAAUUCAUCUGCAUGGUCUGAUCCUGCAGAUUCCAUUCUGAUCAUCGCGUGCUUCAUUCUGAUUCUGCUCUUCGCCAUCCAAAGUUUCGGGACCCACCGGGUGGGGUUCCUCUUCGCCCCGAUCAUGAUCUCUUGGCUCGUCAGCAUCGGUGGGGUCGGCAUCUACAACAUCGCUCGCUGGAAUCCGAGCGUAGUGCAGGCCCUCUCCCCGCAUUAUAUCAUCAAAUUCUUCAAGAUCACUCAAAAAGAUGGGUGGAUGUCCCUCGGGGGAAUCGUCCUCUGCAUAACCGGUACCUUCUUCUUUUUAUUCUUCUUCUUCUUCACCUCGGAUAUCUGAUACGUUGCUGCCUGUGACUCCUUCGCAGGUGCGGAAGCCAUGUUUGCGGAUCUGGGACACUUUUCCAAGACUUCGAUCCGGGUACGUAGAACCCCCCUCCACCAUCCUCUGCAAUCUCCGGCCGAAGGCCUACUACUGUUCUUGAGCUUAAUCUGGAUUGAUCCGGGAGGAAGAAAAUUCUUCCAUCUUCGAUCAUGCAAGAGUUUGAUCUUCCAUCUCCUCACGUCUUCUAUCGUAAUAGGAUGAUAGUCGGUUAGAUAAUGGAAAAAAAAUCUCAGAUUAUGAUGGUCUAUCCUCCUUAAAUAUCUUGGUCAACGCUGACUUCAUUCCUGGAUGGCAGUUGGCUUUCAUGGGCGUCGUUUAUCCCUGCCUAGUUCUGGCGUACAUGGGGGAGGCUGCGUACCUUACAAAGCACAAGGAGGACCUCCGGAGAAGCUUCUACAAAUCCAUCCCUGGUAGAGUUCUCCUCUCUGAUCUUGAUUCCCAUUUUAACCGAUUGGUGUCUCUCAUGGUUUUUAUUAAUCUAAUUAUUUAUUUAGUCUAAUCGAUUGCUGCCGGUGUUCAUAUUCAUCACGGCUUUUCAGAAGCAUAAUUGGUCCGAUUUCAUGCAAGUUCUUCAUGCUUACUUGAACAGCAACAUUUUAUGAUCUUGACUGAUCAGAUUUCACGUGGGUUUUUCUCGCAAAGUUUAUAAACCCAUUUAAACCGUAUGAUCUCUCAUGAUUUUAUGUAUUUAGUUAUUUAUUUCUUCUAAAUAAAUAACCACGAACGCUUCAAUUUCAUGUAAGUUUUGCUAAGCAAAUGUAAUGUUAUGAUUUUUUUAUUUUUUUAUAAUUGAUGGACCUCCAGAGCCGAUCUUCUGGCCGGUAUUCAUCAUUGCAACUCUGGCGACGGCGGUGGGCAGCCAGGCGAUGAUCUCCGCCACCUUCUCGAUCGUCAGCCAGUGCCGGGCCUUCCGCUGCUUCCCGCGGGUGAAAGUCGUCCACACCUCCGGCGAGGUACACGGUCAGAUCUACAUCCCCGAAGUCAACUGGGCUCUGAUGGUCAUCUGCCUCGCCGUCGCCGUCGGCUUCAAAGACACCACCUUGAUCGGAAACGCCUACGGUAUCUCUCUCUCUCUCUCUCUCUCUAUCUCUAUCUCUCUCUCUCUCUCUCUCUCUCUCUACCGAUCUAUCUUUCUUUCUUUCUACUUACUUAUCUAUCUAUCUACCUUCUCUGGCAGGGUUGGCGGUGAUUUCAGUGAUGGUGAUCACGACGGUGCUGAUGCUUCUGGUGAUCACGACGGUAUGGCGGCGGAGCCUGCUGGCGGCGCUGUGCUUCGCUGCCGUGUUCGGUUCCGUGGAGAUGGUCUACCUCUCGGCCAGCCUGGCCAAGGUCCCCCAUAGUGGCUGGUUCCCCCUCGCCCUCUCCCUCACCGUCGUCGCAGUCAUGGCGGCGUGGCACUACGGCACCUGGAAGAAGGAGAGCUUCGAGCUUCAGAACAAAGUCUCCCUGGAUAGCAUUCUCAGCUUCACGCAGGACCUCGGUCUCCGGCGAGUCGCCGGAGUCGGGGUCGUCUACUCCGGCGCCGGCGCCGGCACCAGCGUGCCGCCGGCCUUCGCCCACUUCGUCACCAACUUCCCCGCCCUCCACAGCGUCCUCAUCUUUGUCUCCUUCAAGCCCCUCGCCAUCCCCAGGGUUCCGCCUGAGCAGCGCUUCCUGGUCGCCCGCCUCGGCCCGCCGGAGCAUCGCCUCUUCUGCUGCGUCGUCUGGUACGGCUACAAGGACAGCCGGAGCGACUCCCACGCCUUCGAGGAACUCCUCAUCCUCAAGCUCGCGGAGUUCCUCCGGCAAGAGGCCGCCGCCGCCGCCACUACAGGAGGCUCGGCGGAGAAGACGGUGGCGGCGCCGCUGGCAGCGGUGGAGGAGCUGAUGGAGGCGAAGGAAGCCGGCGUGGCCUACCUGAUGGGCCACACCCGCGUAUACGCUCGCCGGAGUUCGCCGCUGCUGAAGAAGCUCGCCAUCGACGUCUUCUACGGGUUUCUCCGGCGGAAUUGCCGGCGGCCCGCCGACGAGCUUGGGAUCUCUCCGUCCUCGCUGAUCGAGAUCGGCAUGGUCUACUAUGUCUGA